UUAUAUAGUUGCUUUUUUUCUACAUAAAAUUUAACUUAUUUUUAUUUUCUGAAUACAUUUUACUUGAUAUUUUGUCAAUGUUCAUUACGUACCUAUUUUGAAAAUCCACACUAUUUAAAUUUUUAAUUUAUCAAAGAACAGUUGAAGAAUACGCGUACAAAUAUGGUUGAGGGAGAACCAGCUCAUCAGGCUAAUGAAUUACCAAAAGUUGAAAAUGAACAGCCACCUGAAGCUGAACCUGCUGUUGCAGAAUUAGUUGUUAAACAUCCACUUGAGAAUAAAUGGACACUUUGGUUCUAUGAAAAUAAAAGUAAAGUUUGGGAAGAAAAUAUACACGAAGUUGCUAGUUUUGAUACUGUUGAAGAUUUUUGGUGCCUAUUUAAUCACAUUAAACGUCCAAGUCAACUUUCUUACCAAUGUGAUUACAACUAUUUUAAAAAUGGAAUCAAACCUAUGUGGGAAGAUGGAAGAAAUAGUGCUGGGGGACGUUGGUUAUUGCAGUUACCGCCAGCAAAAAAUAGCCAACUUGUUGAUGAAUACUGGAAAAAUAUAAUAUUGAGUAUAAUUGGUGAAAUAUAUGACCAAAGUUCUGAAAUUAAUGGAGCUAUAGUCAACGUACGAAGCAAAGGAACCAAAAUAGCAGUAUGGACAAACAACGCAUCAAAAGAAAAUGGAAGUAACAUUAUGGCUAUUGGAAGAAAAAUAAAAGAAGUUUUGGGCGCUCAAAAUGAAAAGAUGGUUUAUGAGACUCAUGCAGAUACAGCUAAUAAACAAGGAUCAUUUACAAAAAAUACAUUUGUUUUAUAAUUUAACAAAUUUUUAAUGUAUUUGAAAAUACAAUGCAUUUAAAGUG